ACACGAUUUCGCCCGAUGCGCAACCGAACAAGACACGAACGUCAUCCGAAACGGAAAGAAAGAAGGGCGAUGUUGCAUUAGCGAAGAAAGACAGCUGUCGUAUCAUUUUCAGCUGAUUUUUGUGUACGCAUCGCGAACGCUGCAAAUCCUAACAGCGAUCGAAACGAUUCGUAACGGUACAAGUUCCUCGAUUGUAGUCGCGUAGAGAGCAUUUUCAUUCGGAGAGUGUCGCGACGCAGCAGGCCAGGAGCGAGAGUUUCGCAGCGACGAACAAAGGGAGAUGGUCUAUUGAGCGCGGGUGGUGCGUAUCGGGCGGCCGUGACGUCACUCGGUCGCGGCGUCGAGGCCGAUGCGGCGGGCGCGCUCGUGAUCUCGGCGCUCCGACGAGCGCGGCGAGCGGGCGCAGCGGAGCGGGCCAGCCUGGCCUCCACUGACUCGGGGGACGAGGGCGCUGGGCACCGGCCGCCGCGCAAGCGGACCCGCAGGCUGUCGCCGCCCGCCCGGCCCGCAGACAUGCACCAGCCCUGCGCCAACGGCGCGCCGCCGCCGCACCACGUCAACGGCGACGCCGCGCCGCGCAACGGCGACCUGCAGCCUCCCGGCCUGCGCAUGACUCAGACUGACCAGGAGAUCGUGCGCCUCAUCGGUCAGCACCUGCUCUCUGUGGGACUCGAACGCAGCGCGGCGCUGCUGAUGGAGGAGUCGGGGCUGCACCUGGAGCACCCGGCGGCGGCCACGUUCCGCCAGCACGUGCUCGCCGGCGACUGGGUGAAGGCGGACCACGACCUGCGCGCGCUGCACGACCUGCUGCGCGACUCGCCGCACGUCGACCCGCACAAUCUCGCCGAGAUGAAGUUCGUGGUGCUGGAGCAGAAGUACCUGGAGCACCUGGAGGCGGGGCGCGUGCUGGACGCGCUGCACGUGCUGCGCAACGAGCUGACGCCGCUGCAGUACGACACGCCGCGCGUGCACCGGCUGUCGGCGCUCAUGAUGUGCGGCGACGCGCGCGAGCUGCAGGCGCGCGCGCACUGGCCCGGCUCCGGCGCGCGCAGCCGCGGCGCCGUGCUGGCGCGCGUGCAGGCCGUGCUGCCGCCCGCGCUCAUGAUGGCGCCCGGCCGCCUGCGCGCGCUGCUGGCGCAGGCCGCGCUGCAGCAGGCGGCGCGCUGCCGCUUCCACGCCGCGCCGCGCCUCCCGGCCGACCCCGACGCCAUCCCCUUCUCGCUGCUGGCCGACCACCACUGCUCCGCCGACCACUUCCCCAUCCACUCGCUGCAGGUACUGAACGAGCACUGCGAUGAGGUGUGGUACUGCAAGUGGUCGCCGGACGGCUCGCGCCUCGCCUCCGGCUCCAAGGACAACACCGUCAUGAUCUGGGACUUCGACCCCGUGGCCAAGCGCCUCACAUUCAGGAAGUCGCUGGAGGGCCACACAUACGGCGUGUCGUUCCUGGCGUGGAGCCCGGACGGACGCUACCUGAUCGCGGCCGGCCCGGAGGACUGCCCCGACCUCUGGAUAUGGAACAUGGAGACGGAGACGCUGCACCUGAAGAUGACGAACUCGCAGGACGACUCGCUGACGGCGGUGGCGUGGCACUCCAGCGGCGACAAGUUCGUGUGCGGCGGCGCCCGCGGACAGUUCUACCACUGCAGCCUCGACGGCACGCUGCUGAACAACUGGGACGGAGUGCGAGUGAACGCGCUGGCGUGCCGCAGCGGCUCGCGGCAGGUGCUGGCCGCCGACACGCACCACCGCGUGCGGGCGUACGACUUCACCGACCUGUCCGACACCAACCUCAUCCAGGAGGAGCACGCGGUGAUGGCGAUGACGCUGAACGCGGCCGACACACUGCUGCUGCUCAACGUCGCCAACCAGGGCGUGCAUCUCUGGGACAUCCGAGCCCGAGCGCUGGUGCGGCGGUUCCGCGGGCUCAGUCAGGGACACUUCACCAUACACGCGUGCUUCGGCGGCGCCCAGCAGGACUUCAUCGCCUCCGGCAGCGAGGAUAACAAGGUGUACAUCUGGCACAUAAACGGCGAGGAGCCGAUCGCGGUGGUGUCGGGGCACACGCGCUGCGUGAACUGCGUGGCGUGGAACCCCGCGCACCCCGACGUGCUGGUGUCCGCCUCCGACGACUACUCGCUGCGCCUCUGGGGGCCGCGCACGCACCAGUCCUAGUACACGGGGUCGCGGUGUCCGCCGGGGCUGCCGUGCCACAACGCGUGGGCCCGCAAGGCGUCCGGCGAGUAGCGCCGCGUGGACUGUGUGACGCGGGCAGUGUGUAGUGUAGUGUGCCGCUGCUCCGUGCUCCUACCUUAGCGACGUAUCACUCGCAUUUCUAUUGUACGGUAUCGACUACUGAAAUUGUGUAACUUUUAUAGAAUUUACUAUGACUGUAAAUGAAAAGUAGCGCCGGUGUGGGCACCGACGUGAGGCAGGUCGGCUGUACGACAGUACGCCGCGUGGCGCGGGGACAGCCUCACGUGAGGUUGGACGGACGACGUCGAUUCUAAGCUAGAUGUAAGAUUUGGAACGGAUUACAUAUAAAAUUAUUAGCCACAGCUGUGGCAGCCAUACAGAGUUAUAUGGAUUGAUUGAUAUUAUAUUAUUUUAGGUCUAGAACCGUAUACUUAUAUUUUUACGUUUUAUAAAAAUUACAAAUUUAUAUUUACACUUCCGUCGCGAGUAUCUAUAACUGAUUGGUUUGGCGAUAUUAAGAGUAUAUUUUGGUUAGCAUAGAAAUUAUUAAAAUAUUUAUCAGUAAAUUAAGGUUGGACUAAUGUAAGGUAAGGUAGCGAGGCCGCAGUCCCCGCGCCGCCCACACCACUAGGGUAAAUUAUUUAAGUCUCUUCGGAUAAAUUAAUUAAGACUUUGUUCUGCUCCCGUCACGCCGCGCGGCACGUUGCCGGCACGCUGUCGUCACGCGGUCGUCACGCGCGACACGCGUGCCGCUUGCAUGCCGCGGCAGCACUGAGCAGGCAUGACUGUAGCAAGCGGAGGAUAAUAUUUUGUAGCGGUGACCGCUCACGGCUCUAUUUUUAUACCGACCACUGAAUCUCUCGCGAGGUUGUGCACUUGACUCGGUCAGCUAGCACCGCAGCCGACCGACACGACGGCGACGACGCUCCUCACUGGUCGACAGCGAGACGCCCGACGAACACUAUGUAUAGCUCUAUAAAUAUUUGUAAAUGUGGGUUUCCUUGUUAGUUUAUACAUUCAAUAUAAAGUGUAAUAAUGCUUAUUGGACAAUGUGUGCGUUCGCUGUGCAGUAAUGUAUUUCGUGUGUAGGCGAGGGAACAUAUUCACAUGCAUAGUUUAGUUAGUCCACGUCCGACGCGAGUCGCUGUGUGCCGACUGCGCUGCGGCCGCUCCGACAGCCGCCGGCGUCACGCGCUCGGCCUGCGGGACCGCCGCGCAGACACGCUUGCGGGAAUUUAUGAUCAGCCCUUUUUAACUUUUAUUUUUGAUUGAUUUACUAUAUUUUUAGAGAUACUAAUUAUAGCUUUUGUAGUUCGCACAUUGCCUCCCCCGCCCCCUCGGCAAACGCGACGCUUACAUACGGUAUGACGACUAUGAGCUUUUUCAUCGAUUCGGAAGUCAAGGUAUUUUACGUAGUAUGUACUAAAGGAUGAUCAUGUUACUCCCUCGUGUUGAUGCGGCGGGUCCGGCGGGCGGCGGGGAGGCGGGGCGGCUGCGCGGCGUCCGGCGGAACCAAAUAUCAGGCAAUAAUGUCGUGCGUGUGUGUGUGCGUGUAGCAAGUACAAAGGUUGGAGUGUUCGGUUAUUAACGAUAUGGUAUCUAUAGACUUGUAUCGGUCAGACGCGGCCCGGGGCACAGACCCCCAUUUGAAUUGUUAAAAAUAAAUAAUUAUUAUAUCAAUAAAUUUUUUAUUGUAAACUAA